AUGACUGCUACAAACGUCCCAGACAAGGGCAGGGACACUCUAAUCGAGUCCCUCCUGGCCAGCUCCCUGCAUAACCCUGCUCUCCUGGAAAAGUUUCACAUUCCCAGGUUCAAGCUUCGACUUGCCACUAUCGACGCCUGGGGCGUAAAAAAGGGCCAAAGACUGCUCGAUAUUGGCUGCGGACAAGGCGAGUCUAGUGUCGCUCUCGCUGCCGUGGUUGGCGACGCCGGCAACGUGACUGCGAUUGAUACCGCGCAAAUGGACUAUGGUCAUCCCUUUACGAUGCGCGAUGCGCAGCAGCACAUUAAAAACUCAGCUCUGGGCCCUCGCAUAUCGUUUCAUCAAGUCGACGCCGCGUCAUUCCUGACGGAUCUAUGGAAGCCAAAGGAUGCGCCCAUUGACGGAGCCGUUCUCUGCCAAUGCCUCUUCUACUUUCCCGACGAGUCCGAGGUGCAGAAUCUCUUUACUACGCUUUCCCAUGCCGGUAUCGCGCCCAUCUACGUGGCCGAGUGGUCGUACACGCCGUCGCACGAACCGCAGCGGGCGCACAUUCUGGCGACGCGCGCUCAGGCGCUGUAUCACAGGUAUAAGCCGCAGGGCCCGUCGGAGCUGCGGGAGCAAAAUGUUCGCUCUGGUGUGGACCAGCAGGCUAUUCUGCGAGCGGCACAGUUGGCUGGAUACAGAGUAGCCAAAGAGGAUCUCGUGACGCCUGAACAAGACAUGCGCGAGGGCCAGUUUGAAGUCGAAUAUGUGCUUGGACCUUGCUUUGAGCAGCGAGUCAAAAACGCACGUCUUCCACAGGUCCAGGAGACUGAAAUCAAUGAUGCUGUCCAGGAACUGAAAACAGAAUUAGAGAAGCCGCUUUACUCGGGUACUACCAACGUCAUGGCCAUGGACGUGUGGUGCGCCGUCUUUGAGUUGCAACAGUAG